CACGUAAAAGUACAUCAAUCAAUAUUGUCAAACCAAAACACUCGCACAAAAUCUCUCUCUCAAACGUUGAACUUUCUUCACUUUCCCAUUUUCACAAACACCUAACCUGCACUUACCAACACACACUCCGAUCUGCGGUUCCUCACUCCAUUCCAAUGGACAAAUCCAAGCUAGCACUAUUCGGCGAGAGGCUCAAAACCAGUAGCGCCAACAUGAGUCGAAUCGUAAGCGGAAAAAUGAAGGAAAUACUCCAAACACCGACGCCGGAAUCAAAGAUGGUCGACGAAGCAACAUCGGAAACAUUAGAGGAACCAAAUUGGGGAAUGAAUCUGAGAAUCUGUGGCCUUAUUAAUGCUGAUGAGUUUAAUGGUUCAGAAGUGGUGAAAACUAUUAAGAGAAAGAUUAAUCAUAAGAGUCAUGUUGUUCAGAAACAUAGUCUUGAUUUGUUGGAAACUUGUGCUAUGAAUUGUGAAAAAGUAUUUUCUGAAAUUGCUUCUGAGAAGCUUUUAGAUGAUAUGGUUAGGUUGAUUGAGAAUAAUCAAGCUGAUCAGGAAAAUAGAAGAAGGGCUUUUCAGUUGAUUAGGGCUUGGGGUGAGUCUGAGGAUAUUGCUUAUCUUCCUGUUUUCAGUCAAACUUAUAUGAGUUUGAAAGGAAGGGGUGAAACACUUGACACGGCGGGAGGAAAUUCACCACCUAUUCCAUAUGCCUCAGAGUCACAUACUUUAGAUCCCCCCGAAAGAUACCCAGUUCCAGAAGCAGGGCUACACGCUCUUUCUCUGGAUGAAUCGGCAGCCUUCUUUACAGAUCAUCAACCAGCAUCAGUUGAAGAGAAGAAAGAGCAUCUCGUGGUUGCUCGAAAUAGUCUUGAAUUGCUCUCUAGCAUAUUAAAUUCUGAAGCAGAGCCAAAACCUUUGAAGGAAGAUAUAACUUUGACUCUGCUGGAUAAGUGCAAGCAAUCUCUCUCUGUUAUCAAGGAGAUUGUGGAAAGUACCACAAAUGAUGAAGAGACACUUUUUGAGGCUUUAUAUCUCAAUGAUGAGCUGCAACAGUUGGUUUCUAAGUAUGAGGAGCUGGAAGCUUCUCAAAGGCCAGGUGUACAACAAACGCCAAAUGCUGACACUGCCAAGCAUGACGCUGGAGCUGUUCAAAAUCCCAAUGAAAGAUUUGAAGAUGAUGAAUCUGAAGAGACAGAAGCUGCUCAGGAUCUUGAUCGUAAGCUGCCCCAAAAGUCAAACACUCCUGAAGUUAGUGUCAAUGCAACUGAGGUGGAUGGUCAUGUUGAAACCAAAAUAGUGGAUAGCACAAAAGUGGAUGGUCAUGUUGAAACCAAAAUAGUGGAUAACACAAAAGAGAAGAAUGGAGAACCAAGCCUCAAGAGUAAUACUGAAUGAGUAAAGCAGCGGUUGCGCGUUUCAUUUGUUUCUUGCUUUAUAUUUUGUUGCUGUCCAUAUUGUGUAGGCCUGUAAUAAUAUUUAUAAUCUGUAGUUCCUUCUACAAGGGUGAUUAUAUCCCGAGGAUUGUGUUAUUUAAUCCUUGUGAGAUUAUGGCAGUUCAUCAUAAUGUUCCUGUGGCUUUUUCUUUGUAAAUUAUCUCAUUUUAACUCUCUUCCUUAGAUAAAUGAGGCCUGUUUUGUGCA